AUCCGUAGCGUGCGCAUCUCCUUAUCCUCCUUACGGUAAUAUCGUGUCGUAUAUCGGCGUGAGCGUAAACGUAACAGUAACGGUAUAACGGUGGAGCAAUAGUGAGAGAAACGCUAUAAUACGAACGAUAUAGUACGAACGAUUCCACUAACCAAAAUGUCGGAGGUGAAGCCAGCGAUGUUGGUGUCGUGGUGCCAGGUUAUCCUACUCCUGGUUAGUUGUCAGCCCGGCCUGCUCCUCGUUUCGGCCGGUUCCUGUCGGGAGGCGCAGCUCUGUUGCACCGGACGCGAUUCGUCCUGUGUGGUGCAGAAGGCGCCCAUCAAUGCCAUCAUCGAGGACCUCAGCGACAAGCCCUGCUACUGCGACCAUGCCUGUUUAAAGCUCGGCGAUUGCUGUGACGAUUUCAAGGAUCAUUGUGGGGUGCUGGACUGCCAGGUGGGCGACUGGGGUGCCUGGAGUGAGUGCGACAAGAGUUGCGGCACCGGCAUGAUGACCCGCACCCGCCAAAUCCUACAGGCGGCCCAAAAUGGUGGCAAGCACUGCCCCACGUUGCUCCAGAAACGCGGAUGCCAGGGAUACCGAUGCCAUGGACAUCGCGACAAGAAGAUUCUAAGAGAAAUGGCAUUACUGCUUCCGGCUGCGCUCUCCCACAAUCGGCACGCCAACGACAGUAGCGACAUCCGCCGGAAUCUGCGCAUGCGCUACCACGACUCCUACAAGCACAACCGCGAUCACGAAUACUGUGUGGAAUUUGAAGUCAUAAAGUCUUCCAAGGCCUGUCAUAAAUUGCCGCCAUAUAAUCUCAUGUUGGAAGGUGAUCGCAUUACGGUUCGUUGCGACCUGGAGGCUUUUAUUCAGGACUCGAUUGCCAGCUCCACCACCGCCAAACCGCCUGCCCCCAGCCACGCCCCCUUGCCCAGUGAGCCCGUCGAGGAUGGGGAGGAGAGCAGCAGCAGCAGCGGCAGCAGUGACGACAGCAACAACAAGGAGGAGGACGACGAGGAGCAGGACAAUGAGCCGGAGGAGCAAGAUGACCUGCAGAAUACUCUGGACACGGGAAGUAAUGAGAGUUUCGAGUACCGACAUCAGCGUCAGGAGCGGCGGAAUCCCCGCAAGCCGCGCAAUCCCAUACCGGUCACGCCCCCGUCAACGGUUACGCCCACGCCGGCGCCCAGCUACCAUUGUCGGGGCGAGGGGCUGGCCGGGCGUACGACGCGCUGGACCGCGUUGCCGGCGCCCUCGUGCCGGGGCAAGUGGCUACGUCUGACCGUCGGACCGCCCAAGAAGUGCAACCAUGCGCAGUUCAUCUUCGUCUAAUGGAGAGGAGACGUCAAGGAUCCAUCAGGGAUCCCAGCGAUCGCCGAUAAAUAUAUACGUUUUUUUUUUAAGAAAUGGUGUACGGCUGAGGCAGCGGCCCUUUUUCCCCCUCUCAUAUCAUAUCAUAUCUAAAGAAUCACUAAGUCCAUGCUCUUGAAUCCUGAACCUCCAUCCCGUUCUGCUCCUGCCACGCCCCUUUAAUGUCCGGAUAAGCCCAGACACAGGUACUCCAUCGUAUGUAAGCAUUUAAGCAUUAAGCCAGUGGUCUAAGAGUAAAAAAAAAAGAGAAAAAACAGCAAAA